AUGUCGUCAGAUAUUGAUGCCAGACCAGAUGUAUCAAAGAAGGCGAGAUACACCAGGAAGGUAGAAGAAGAUGGAGGAGAAUGGGAGGAGAGGGAGGUGGUUAUCUACCAGAGUGUAGACGAUAUCAGACACGAUCCUAAUGGUUUUCAGGCACAGGAAGGAGGAACACAGAGUGAGAAACAUCCUCCAGUGCAGAAAGGGCCUUUCAGAGGAGCUACAUUGCUUCUCAGUGUGCUGUGUCUCCUGUUGUUUGCUGGAAUCAUCGCUCUGAUCAUAAAACAUAUUUCAGUUACUCUUGAAAAAGACCAGCUGAAAAACAAAGUUUCAGCCAACAACAGCCAGUUACAGGAUGAAGUAAAGAGACUGAACACAGAGACUCAUGAGUUGAAAACCAACAACAGCCAGUUACAGGAUGAUGUAAAGAGACUGAACACAGAGACUCAUGUCCUGAAAACCACCAACAGCCAGUUACAGGAUGAAGUAAAGAGACUGAACACAGAGACUCGUGUCCUGAAAACCAACAACAGCCAGUUACAGAAUGAAGUAAAGAAGCUAAAAGUGAUUGAAGGGAAGUUGUGUCCUGAAGGAUGGAAGAGAUUUGGCUGCAGUUGUUACUUUAAAUCUACACAGAGGAAAUCUUGGUUUGAGAGCAGGACAGACUGUCAGAGUAAAGGAGCUGAUCUGGUGACGAUAAACAACAAAGAGGAACAGGAAUUUGUCAGAAGUCUGAGCAUGAAUGAAGAGUCCUGGAUCGGUCUAGAGAAUACAUGGACAUCUCAACGUUAUGAAUGGAAAUGGGUGGAUGGAUCACCACUGACAGAACCGUUCUGGGCAUCAGGAGAACCACGUUACAGCUACGCAACAUGUUGCAAUCAACAAGGAAAAUGGACAAGCAUAUAUUACAGUUCAAAUAAAAAGAACUGGAUCUGUGAGAAACAGAUUUCCUGCUCCCAUUGAUGAAGGAGGGAUGUACAGUGUUGGGACUGAAUGAAAUCUGACCAAAGAGUCUCUGUUUUCUCUCUUCUGGUUCUGUGUGACAUGAACACAGCCUCUAAUAAAGGCAUUAAUAGAGUUAAAACUUUGUAUCUCUACAUUACAUGAACUGGAAAAACUUUACUAACAACUUUCUGUCUUUGCUUGUAUUUGAAUGUGCUGUAUGUGUGAUGUUUAAGUCCAGUGUAAUGAACAUAUUGUAUAUCAGCUACCUGUGUUGUGGUUUUCACUGCUGCUACUUCCUGUCUACUGUCUGUUGAAAGCUGCCUGACUCAGGAUGAAACAACCAGAGAGUGGAGCUUAUACCACCUCCUGUCCUGAUGAUGAGAAUGGAACAUUUGUUGCUACUUCAGUGUUCAUCAUUGUGGAGGAUGGAGUUAAAACAGUUUCUGUUAUCUAUGUAUCUAUAUGUGCUGUAAACUAAGAAUGUCUUCAAAAGGUGUUAAGAGUUCAUUUUCAUCAUGAAUGAACAGAAGAGAAAUCUAAAUCAAAUCAGUAUGUGGUGUGACCACGCUUUGCCUUCUAGACAGCAUCAGUUCUUCUACUUGGACACAGUUGUUGAAGGAACUCGGCUGGUAGGUUGUUCCAAACAUCUUGGAAAACUAACCACAGAUCUUCCUCAGAUUCUUCUGUCUCUUCAUGUGAUCCCAGACACACUCCAGGAUGUUGAGAUCAUCAAGUCCUUCUUGUUCUUCUUUACUCCAAAGAUAGUUCUUAAUGACUUUUGCGGUGUGUUUGGGCUCGUUGUCCUGCUGCAGAAUAAAUUUGGGUCUAAU